AUGGAAUCUUCUAAGAACGUCGUUUUCGAUAUCGUCGGAACUCUUGUAACCUAUGAUUAUGUCUACGACGCAAUUGACCGCCGUCUCGGCGACCGGCUACGCGCAGAAGGUAUCAAGCCAUACAUACUCGGUCAAAUGUGGAUGGAAACUUCCGAACGAGAGUAUACCAAUCUCAGUAUAUCCGGACAAUACGCAGCGUUCGGCAAAGUCUUUGAGGCCUUGUUCUAUCGAAUGCUGUGGAUGUGUGGGAUUCAAGAACCCAGAAAAUUCGCUACGCCGGCGGAUCUCGAGUACAUCAUGAGCGAAUACACUGGUCUCAAUAUGCGGCCCGGGGCGGCUGAGUGUGUGAAGAAGCUACGCGAUGCGGGAUUCACGGUUUGGGCAUUUACUGCAGGCGAUCUCCGUCGUGUUGGCGGAUACUUUGCGAAAGCGGGCAUUGAGAUGCCGACUGAACACUUGCUAUCCUGUGAUACUGCUGGAGUUGGCAAGCCGGAUCUCGAUGCCUAUAGGCCCUUGCUGGGCAAGCUGAUGGACGAGAAUGGGGGCAAGAAGCCCUGGUUUGCUGCUGCCCAUAUGUGGGAUGUGUCUGCUGCUCGUAGAACAGGAUUCAAGGGCGCAUAUUGUACCGUCUUGGAGAUGGAACCGUUAACACAGCUGUUUGGGGAAAUGGAUGUCAUUGAUGAUACUUUGCCGGGAAUGGCGGACAAGAUCAUUGCUAGCCAGGCUGCAUGA